AUGGCCACCACAGUCCUCAAGUUAGCACAGAGCUUCGUAAAGGAUGCACAGAAGGCGUCCAAGGGCGGAUGGUUCUCCAAGCCCGAAUGGGACCUGGCUGCCCAGUACUGGGACAAGGCAGCGACCGCGUUCAAGGCUGGUCGGCACUUUGAGCAGGCUGCUGACUGCUACUCCAAAGCCAGCGCUGCCUACGUCCAGAUCAACACUCAGCUGAAAGAUUCGGCCAAGGCGAUUGAAUAUUACACUCGGGCGAGCGACCUAUUCUUGUCGCAUGGCUCCUCACCAGACAAGGCUGCCGAGUUGAUGGAGAAAGGCUGCCAAGGCGCGAUCCAGCUACACUACAACGCAUUGACCGCGGACGUUUUGGCCGUCGAGACCUUCCGCAAGACCACCGGCUACCUAAUCGAUCAGUCACGGCUCAACGAAGCGAUUGAGGUGCAGCGGCGGCUCGUUGCCAUCUGCGAGCAGACCAAUAAUCAGGCAGAGCUGAACAAGUGCUACUUGGGCAUUAUCAUCAUUACGCUCGCUUUUGGCGACGAGGUUGAAGCUGGAAAGUGCAUGAAUGAGUUUGUGCAGGAUGACAUUUUUAUGCGCUCACGCGAGGCAUACGUUGCUGACGGGCUGAUGCAGGCAUUCAGUGCUGGCGACGAGGAGGCCUUACAAACGUGCAUUGAGGACCAGACGCUUGUUGGCCGCCUGGCCAAGAGAAUCCGUAUCCCUGGGGCUCGGCGCAUUGCCAAGAAACAGCCAGCACCUCCUCUACCUCCCCAGGCUAACCCUCCAGCGCAAUCCCAGACCCCAGGCAGCAUCCCACCUCCAACACCCGCAGCUCCAGUAGCCGAGCUGGAUGAUGACGAUGACGACUUGCUGUAAGCAACAUACUUAGUAGUCUUGUUGUUCUAUGUUGAGUAUGAUUUUACCAAUUGAUGGAACAUUAUCCAAUGUAUAUGGUGCAUGUAGGAGGUGGUAAUACCAUAUGCAUAUCUUAUUC